AAUUCAAGUCGAAAGUUUUUUUUUUCUACUAAUCGAAAUUAAUUGUUCUAAUUAACACUUAAAAGGAAAUAAACAAUUUACAAUCAGUGUUAUUUAAUUUAUCAUCAUAAUCAUCACACACAAUCAAAUCUUCAAAAUAAUCUGCAUCAACUAUUAACCAUAACAAUCAAAUCAAAUCACAACCUCAUCAAUUUUAAUCAUAAAUUGUUCAAGUGUUAAUUUGAGUUAAUUUUUAUUUCUUACUUUUUUUUGAUUGUCUUUUAUUUGUAUUGUAUGUGAAUGUCUUGUUUAUAAAUACAAUUCAGUUUAAAUUGUUAUGUUGAUUGGGUUGUGGUUAUAAAUCAAUCAAUUAAACGAUCAUUGUUUACAAUUAAAUGUGCUAAUUAAAUGUUCAAUGUGUAUUAUUAUGUUUAUUAAUGUUGUUAAUCAAGUUAAUUAUAAUGGAUUAAUGAUUCUAUCUACUGGAUAUAUUAAGAUUUAGAUUGUAAACAAUUAAUUGAUUCAGUGUUAAAUUUUUAAAUUUCCAAUCAACAACAAUUAAAAAUUCCCAUCGCCAAUUGAUCGUCCAAAGCUAAUUUUAAUUCAAUUCAUCCAAAUGAUUAAAUCUAUUGUCUUACUGUUGCUGAUCAUUGAAAACCAUUAACUCAUAAUCAACAAGGAUUAAAUUGUGUCUCCACCCUGUAAAUUAAUCAACAAUUAAACAUCAACAAUAACCGAUCACUACAAUUACCAAAAUCAAAUAUAAAUCAUCAUAUUUAACCAACGUAAUCAAUUACAACAAAAAAACAACAGGAAAUCACAGUAAUCAAGCAAAAUAAGAGGAAAUUCAAUGGAAUUGAAUAAAUCCCGAAAAGAACCCAAAUAAGGAUAACUGAAACUUGAAUUCGGAUCAACUCAACUUUAUUAAUUUCCAAUUCUCAAAAUUAAUUGAACCAUUCAACGUAACUUUGGAUAACUUUUUUACUUGCCAACCUUUUCGAGCAACAUUUCCAAUUCUGGAUUCAGAGAUAUUCUUCCUGUGAAAUCGAAUGGAAUCUGCUGGAUUGUUCUUAGACGAUUAUUCAAACAAUUUUUCAACCGACAAUGGAACCAUUUCCUUCAUCUCUUCAAGUGUCUCUCCUUCCGUUUCCUCAGCCAUGUCAACCUCUUUCUCCUCAUCAUCUUUAUCAUCUUCCAUUUCACCCUUUGACUCAUCUUCCUUUAUUGGAUCAACCUUUACCCCAUCGAUCAUCGGAUCAGGGUCAACACUUCAACCGGAAGCAACUCUUUUCGAUAUGGUUUCAUCUUCAUCACUUGAUCAGCCUCAAUGUAGUCCAGCAACUUUACUUGAAAUGAAAUUGAGCAAUGAUCCACUUAUGCUGUUAUCUGUGAUCUCAUUAGUGAUUAUUAAUCUCGCCGUGAUUGCCGGUAACACACUGGUCAUCGUUGCGGUUAGCAUAUCGUCUAAACUUCGAACCAUAACCAAUUUUUUCAUAGUCUCAUUGGCUGUUGCCGAUUUACUGCUUGGUAUAACUGUAGCACCUUAUGCAUUAGCUUUAACGGUUUUAGAUGUUUGGAUAUUUGGUGAGAUUUGGUGCCUUGGAUGGCUUGUGAUUGAUGUUUGGCUAUCAACGGCUUCAAUUCUAAACCUUUGCGCAAUCAGUGUUGACCGUUACUUGGCUGUCACACGACCAGUUCGUUAUCGAUCCAUUAUGACCUCCAAAAGAGCGAAAAUGAUUAUCGCUUUCGUUUGGAUACUUUCAUUUAUCGUCUCAUUCCCUCCAUUGGUCGGUUGGAAUGACACUGGAUCCAUUUUAGCUCAAGGUAAAGGUGAUUUGGACCAAUCUAAUGUAGUGAUAGCGACAACUCCAACCGGGUCGAAGUGCUAUUGGAAACCAAAUCAGUGUGUACUUUUUGAUAACACUGGUUACGUAACAUAUUCUGCAUUAGGUUCAUUUUAUAUUCCAAUGUCUUUUAUGAUGUUCUUCUAUUGGCGAAUUUAUAUCGUCGCAUCUCGAACAACUCGUGCCUUGAAACGAGGCUACAAAACGACCAAAACAGGAGACUCAGAGAUCGAUGGAUCUUCGGAUAAAAGGUUAACCUUACGAAUGCAUCGAGGUUACAUUUGCGAAGACAGUGGAUCCAAUACAAGCUCUGAACCUCCUUCAUUAAUGUUUUCAUUGUCCAGAGAUGUUCAAAAUUGUCAUCAACUUCAUCCAACCCAUCGGCAUCAUCAUUCACAUCACCAUAACCAUCAUCAUAAUAAUGAUUAUACGGCCAAUAAUAACCAAACCAAUGCCGUUAAUUGUACAUCAUUCAUUAAAAAUAGUCCCAAAAUGGCCAAAUCUUUUCUCAGUCCACCAAAAUCGCAAAGUUAUAAUAAUAAUAAAGUUGAAGAUAAUAUUUCUCAAGGGGAAAUAAACAGUAGUCAUAAUAAGAAUAGUGAUACAAAUAAUGUCAAUAAUUUACACGAUAGUAACAAUUAUGGUUCAGCCUCUACGAACAAUAUAAGUUCGUACGAAUCCAAUUGUCGUAAUAAUUUGAUUGUACCAAAAUACAGUCCAGGUGGAGGCGGAGGAGGCGGUGGAGGUGGUGGUGGUAAUGAAGGAACCAAGACAAAAAGGAAAACACCAAUAACAGUUUAUCGAUCACCUCGAUUACAAGCUAAUGCAUUAGCACUUGAAAGUGGUGGAGGAACUUGUUAUAUUGACGAUUCUGAUAAAGUUAAGCGCCGAUCGACUUGUUCACUUUCUUCAUCUUGCUCUGGACUUGGUGGAUUUAGUGGUUCUCCGAAUCAUGAUCGAACUGGUUCAGGUCAUUCUAACACUUCUAAAUCGGUUCGUUUCUCCCGACGAACCAAUGCCGGUAAAUGGCAAACCCGUCGUCUACUCGCCGAAACAAAAGCUGCCAAAACCGUCGGGAUUAUCGUAGGUGGUUUUAUAAUCUGCUGGUUCCCUUUUUUUACCAUCUACCUGAUCCGUGGCUAUUGUAAAAAUCAAAACUGUAUUCCACAAUUACUAUUAACCAUAUUUACCUGGUUGGGUUAUGCUAACUCAGCGGUUAAUCCGAUAAUCUAUGGUCUUUUUAGCCGUGAUUUUCGUCGAGCUUUCAGAAAUAUUAUCUGUAAAUGUAAAUAUUCCGAAGAGAUUGGAGUUACCUCAUUAAUCCGUCAAAUCCAUUUACCUAAUCUAUUUGAGGAAGAUAAUCAUGAUGAUUGUAUUAAAACGGAUUCACAAGAGGAUGUCCACUGAUAACUCACCGAAUUUAAAUUUAGCCAAAACAAAUUGACGAUAAAAUAGAAAAUUUUUAACUCUCCAAUCCAAAUAAUUAACUUUAAUUUAAUUUCGAUAAUUGUUUCUCCAAUUUGUUAUCUUUCAAAUCACUUUUACAUUUUCAAAUGUUUCAUCAAUUCGCUAUCCACCUUAAUCAUUGAUCAUU